CGCGACUCGACUGAGACCCGGCUCAACGCGUCACUUCCUUGAAGACAACAGCAGUGGAGAACAGGCAUUGGCCCCCAAGAUCGGCCCAAUAGACGAGAUGGGCGACAGUGACUCCGAAUUCGACUCUGGUGAUGACAUCUUCGACAAUCUUGACGUCGAUAACCUGCCAGAGGUCAAGGCCAUGUUGAAGCGCAAAUCGUCAAACGGAGAAGACAUGCCGUUUGCCUCCAAGCGCCAGAAGAUCACGACAGGCGAGGCCCCUGUUGCCGACAGCGAGGCCGAUGGCGACGGUGCAAUCUACGAGGGAAAUCUCAAACUCGCACAGCGCAUAUUGAAAGAAAAGUUCGGCCACCAAGCCUUCCGACACGAGCAAAAGGGAGCCAUCACGCGCAUUCUGGCCGGCAAGAAUACCCUCGUCGUGUUCCCGACCGGCGCCGGCAAGUCUCUAUGCUACCAGAUACCAGCCGUAGCCUUCCCCGAGCUCGACGAGGCUCGUGGCCUCAGGGAGCCCGGGCAGUCCGGCAUCACGAUCGUCAUCUCCCCUCUGCUCGCCCUGAUGAAGGACCAGGUCGACGCCCUCAAGAAGCGCGGCAUAUCUGCCGAAUGCAUCGACUCGACCAAGUCCUGGGACGAGCUCCAGGCCAUCAACCAGCAGCUGGGCAGGGGAGAGCUGAGGAUCGUCUACUGCGCGCCGGAGAGGCUCAACAACGAGCGGUUCGUCCAGCAGAUGGCGCAUGUCCCCGGCGGUGUGCGUUUUGUUGCGGUUGACGAGGCACAUUGCAUUUCAGAGUGGGGACACUCCUUCCGGCCAGAGUAUCUCAAAGUGGCCCGUUUUGUCAAGGAGACCAGGGCCGAGCGCGUCAUUUGCCUCACGGCCACCGCAACAACAAAGGUUAUACAGGACAUCCGCGCGGCGUUCGAGAUCGAAGAUCAAGGCGUGUUUCGGACGUCACCAUAUCGACCAAAUCUCCACCUCUUCGCCGAGUACGUCCCCGCCCCGGAUGACAAGUUCGGCAAACUUUGUGCCUUCCUGCGAAAGAACGAUGGACCGACAUUGGUCUACGUUACCAUCCAAAAGGAGUCCGAGGAGCUUGCCAGUGCGCUUCGGGCACAGAAAUUUGACGCAGCGGCUUUUCACGCAGGCAUGAAGGUCGAGCAGAAGAUCAAGGUGCAGGAUGACUUCAUGGCGAACAACGUCCGGGUCGUCGUUGCAACGAUUGCGUUUGGGAUGGGGGUCGACAAGGCCGACAUACGAAACAUUGUGCACUACACACAGGCAUCCACAGUCGAGGAGUACAGCCAACAAAUCGGCCGCGCCGGGAGAGACGGCAAGCGGAGCAACUGCAUGUUCUACCUCUGCCACGCCGAUUCGUACAUCCGCGAGAACUUCGCCAGGGGAGACCUGCCGUCCUACGAGCCGUUCCGCAAGCUGCUCGGGGACAUCUUCAACGACGAGGUCACCAGCCUGGCGGUGGGCGACGAGUUCAAGAAGGACACCAACGCCCAGAUGAAGCGAUUCGACAUCCGGCAGAACCCACUCAGCGUCAUCUACGCCAUCCUGGAGCUGCACCACGGCCUCAUACGGGCCAUCACCCCGGAGUACAGCCAGUACUCGUUCGAGAUCACCGGCGCCUACUACACGCUCAUGAAAGACAUGGCCAAGAAGGACCGGCCGGAAGCAAGGGCCAUCCUGGACAACUCGGAGACCAAGACAAAGUACACGUACGUCGACGUCAACGCCAUAGUCCGCAAGACGGGCUACCUGCGCGCCAACAUCAUCCAGAUCCUGGACCACCUCGACCGCGACAACAUCAUCAAGCUCACGACAAAGGGCGUGGUGCCCAAGUUCCGCCUCCUCAGGGAGCCGCCCACGAGCCCCGCGCAGCUCGACGACCUCGCCGCAGCCAUGUACGCCGGCCUCGAGCAGAAGGAGCGCGACGCCCUCGCCCGCAGCAGGGAGGUGGUCGACCUCAUCACGGGGCCCGGCUGCUUCGCGGCCGCGCUGGCGCGCCACUUCGGCAUGGGGCUGGACCUCCCCGGCGGCAGGAAGGGGAAGGGGGACAGGUGCGGCCACUGCUCGUUCUGCGUGUCGGGCGGGCGGAGGGUCGGCGUGCCGCCGCCCGUCAGGAGGCCGCUCGACAGGGCGGGCAUCCGCAUGGUGCUCGCCGAGUGUCCCGUGCGCGACGACCCGCGCUUCCUGGCCCGCGUCGCGUUCGGCAUCAUGAGCCCCCGCGUCAGGGAGCUGAAGAUGCACCAGAGUGCGGCGUGGGAGUCGAUGCAGGACCAGGACUUUGAGGAACUGCUGAGGGAGUUCACGGCCGCGUGCAAGACUGCCAAGUACGACCCAUCUUUAUCGGCCGGUGUAGCACAGCCGAAUCCCACGACGGGUUCUUCCUCCUCGAGUCAGCGGGCAUUCAAGCGGACGACAUCUGGUUCUACCGGCACGGGGGCGGCCGGCCGCGGGGCGUACGGCAGAGGCAGAGGCAGAGGCCGAGGAAGGUAUGGACGAGGCCAGGCCUGAUUGGGUGGCAGGUUGCAUGGCAGUGGCUUCGGGAGAGAAAAAGAGUACAAGGUGGCACAGUGUUGAAUUGUUCAACUGGUAAUUUGGCCGGGUAUCAACCCGUAUGUCCUCAUUCUGCGGAUGUAUGUUCUAAUGUCCUGCCCCGAGUGCUGGCUCUCAAUUACAGAUGAAUUGUUUAA